AUGUCUGAACGCCUAUCUGACCAAACAAUGCGGCGGCUUAUCGACCGUGAAGUAAAGGAAAUGUUGCGCCGAAUAGACGAAGAUGCGCGAAAAAGGUAUCAUUUAGACGCGUCGUCGUCCAGCGUGGAAGUUUUGGACGUGGACACGGCUUCAGAAAGCGAUGGCAAUGACCACAACAUCACGUUUCCGGAUAGGUUGUCAAAGCCCUACGGUGUGAACUUGGAGGCAUCAACUAGUCCGGCCCAGCCCAUUUUUAACCACAUGGUAACUAUGGAAGAUUUCGACCGGUUUACAGUUGCGCUGGGUGACUAUUCCUUUAAACAAGAAGUGAUAUCCUACUUGGCUAGCUUCGGUGGCGAGGAGACGCCAACAUUUGUUGAACGCAUAUUCUCUGCACUGUUCGCAGAUGAAAUCACAUUCCACCUAACGUUCAUCGGAAGACAAAAAAGCAGUCGUUCCCUGUUCGGAUCCGCGGUGUAUGAGGUAAUCUUCGAGCCUGGAAUACGGACCAUCGUUCAGAUCGGCAGCAGCUGGAAGACGCCUUCAAAGCGGCUUUUAGGAGGGCUCGAGACCGUGCCCGCAAGCGCACACACAGGCCUCGUGGGUGGCCUCGUGGACGGUCUCGUAGGCGUUCUCUUGGUGGUUAGUUACCAUAAAUGUAUACCUGAAUUCCUACCUUUUUUGUAG